GUCGAGUGACACUUUUGUCCAUGGGGAUGAAAUUCUGUCCUUAUUAUCCCUUAGCGUCGGUGCAACAGAAGAAUAAGAAAAAAUCGACAAAGUGUCAUUUUUUGUAGGUUAUGAAUGCAAUAAUAUUUUUAUUGUUAUAAUAACCGCAUCACAUUUAAUUCCAAUUGAGAAGAAAUUUUAGAAUUGGAACUUGAAAUUUCCGAUAAAGAUGACCGUUGAUGGAGCAACUGGUAGUGAACAGGUAAUUUUUGCCACUGGAAGUUACGAUCAUACAAUUAAAAUUUGGCAAGCUCAUUCUGGACAUUGUCUACGAACUGUUCAACACACUGAAUCUCAAGUUAAUGCUUUAGAUAUAACACCGGACAAGUAUGUUAUCGCAGCAGCUGGUUAUCAACACAUUCGAAUGUAUGAUUUAGGAUCGAAUAAUCCUAAUCCAGUUAUUAAUUACGAAGGAGUUACGAAGAAUGUCACUGGCUUGGGCUUUCAGGGCGAAGGGAAAUGGAUGUACACAGGAGGAGAAGAUUGCUCUGCUCGAAUUUGGGACUUGAGAGCCAGUAGUUUUCAAUGCCAGAGGAUAUUUCAAGUAUCAGCGCCUGUAAAUUGUGUAUGUCUUCAUCCUAAUCAAGCGGAAUUGAUUGUCGGCGAUCAGAGUGGAUUAAUACAUUUAUGGGACUUACGCUCAGAUCACAAUGAACAAUUGAUUCCCGAAGCAGAGGCGUCAAUACAAGACAUAGCAAUUGAUCCAGAAGGAAUUUACAUGGCGGCUGUAAAUAAUAAAGGUCAUUGCUUCGUUUGGGCUUUGACCGGUGGAAUUGAAGAAGAACCAACUCGACUUAAUCCUCGUCAUAAACUCGAAGCUCAUAAACGUUAUGCACUUCGAUGUAAAUUUAGUCCGGAUUCGACUCUUCUUGUGACGACGUCCGCCGAUCAAACUGCUCGCGUUUGGAAGACCAUGGACUUUUCUGAGGUUCAAGUUCUUCAACACGAGGCCAAACGUUGGGUCUGGGAUGCAUCGUUUAGUGGCGAUUCUCAAUAUGUUUUCACUGCAUCUUCAGAUGGAGUUGCAAGACUUUGGAAUAUUGCAACUGGCACAGUAGAAAGAAAAUAUGAGGGUCACCAAAAAGCCAUUACUGCCCUCGCAUUUCGGGACGAACUUCCAUCAGCAAGUUAGAUUUUUAUUUUUUUAUUUAUUAAUUUAAUUUAAUUUAAUUACGGCAAGUUAAUCAUUAAAUUAUGAUAGUCAUUAGCUAAUGCUAAUCAUUAGAUGAUCAUAAGAUGAGACGCGCUCAUAUGAUAAAAAUUAGUUAAUAAUAAUCAUUAAUUAAUGAUCAACCCCCCCUUUCAAGUUGAAUUAAAUAGAUCAACUAUUUAAAUCCAGUCAAAUUAGAAUUUCAGAAAGUUUUUUUUAAAUCGUCACGAAUUUUAUUUUUUUUCCUUCUUCUAUCUAUUAUGUACAUAAAGUGCUACGCAAUAACAAAUACGAAACAAAUAUUAAUGUGCAGUGAAAUUUAUCUAAACCUAAAUUUUACGUAUAGCAUUAUUAUCAAUAAAAAGCAUUAUUUUCACUAAAGUAUAUAAUGCAAUUUUCCCUUUUUUUGCUUCGUUAAAAACUUAUAAUAUUAUAAGAAAUUUGUCAAAAAUGUUUACAUAUAUAUAUUCUUGAAAUAUAUGUAACAAUAAAUGCAAAUAUUUAAUACUUGUAAUUUUAAUAACGAUUUUAUUAUUAUUUUUUUUUUUAUUAUAUUACUCUCGCAGAUUCAUUCUAUGUUUAUUAUUCGUUAAAAGUUACCAGUCUUAAAAUAGAUUCAUACGCUUCAAUAAUUCUUUGUAGCAUCUAACAUGUAAAUAAAAUUUUAAAA